AAUGAACAGAAAUUUUAUUAUGUUCGCUACAUUAUUUCAACAUACAUUUUAACAUUCAUAACUUGGAUAUUCAUUUAUAUUAGCCUAAGCUCAAAAAAUUACAAGCACAGACUUCGAAAAUAUUAUUUGGAUAUCUGUUCUGAUAGUCAAUAUGACCAGCAUAUUUUACAUAUUGCUCAGCCAAAUGAGCUGGAUGAUACUUGGAUAGAAGAAAAAUCACGCGUUCGUACACUAGAACGUCAUUAUGUUCCUACUAAAGUUCUACAUGUAGAAGAAAUGAGCGUUUUUUUUGGACUUAAGUCCGUGCUUAAGCAUAUCAAUUUCAUGUUGGAUCGCUUUCAAGUACUUAGUAUUUUUGGAGGUAAUGGGUCUGGAAAAUCGGUCCUGCUUAAGUCAAUUUUAGGAAUUUUACGUCCUAGCUCAGGUCACGUAAGCUCCUCAAAUAAGGGACAAACUCCGUAUAAUAAUCCUAAAGCUCACAUCUUCAUUGGCUAUUGCUCACAAGAGGCAGACAUUAUCGAAUCAUUAACCAUUCUUGAAACUAUUUAUAUAUUGCUCAGAAUUCGCCGCUUCUACGGAAUGAGCUUAAAAAGUGAAGCAUUGGAAUUAUGUAAAGCUUUCAAUUUAUUUAGUCACCGAUUUAGUUUAGCUGUUACCUGUAGUCGUGGAAUAAAAAAACUUUUAAGUAUUGCAAUAGCCUUAAUGAGCAAUUCUAAUCUUAUUUUAGUAGAUGACCCUUUUUCGUACCUUGAUGUGAUUAAUCAAAAUACUAUUCAUUAUUUAAUUCAAGAAUUGUGUAGUCGCGGUCAUUCUGUUAUUUAUACAUGCUCGGAUACUGAAUCGUCUUCCUUGUCUCUGCAAAUAGCUGCUAUUAGUCGACUUGGCUUGGCUGCUUUUGGUGAACGUCAGCAUUUACAACCGAAUUUUUAUUCUUCUUAUUACGUCAUUGAAACCAGAAUAUAUAUUAAGGAGCCUGAAAAUUUUAGUUAUUUUCAUUUGGAAAAUGUUCCGAAACCUAUGAAACAAGAAGAACUUGAUCCACUUUUAUUGUUGGAUUCGACAAAUAGUGGAAGUAAUAUUUCAUCUGGUAUAGGCAAAGAUACUUCAGACAAAUUAAAAUACUUGAAAGUUUGCGAUCUUAUAGAAACCAUUUUUCCACAUGCCAUUAUAAAGUAUAUAAGCCUUCCGAAUGUAUGCUUUUGGUUGUCCAGUCAUAUAUAUUCCAUGUCGCAAGUUCUAAAAAUACUUCACGAGUAUAGGCACAACUUUUAUUCCUAUUCAAUAUCUCAGCCAUCAGUAAGCACUGCCUAUCUUCAAAUUUCUUCUCAUUCAGUACAUAAAAAAUCUUAUUCAUAUCCUUAAACUAAAUUAUUGAUAUAAAUUUCAUUUAAAAAAGAGUCCUUGUUACUAAACAAUUUUUUCACAAGAAUAUAAAUCAAUUUAAUAAAAAACGCUGCCAUUAAAGUGACAAUCAAAAAAAUUCAAAGUUUAAUAAAUAACAGGAUUAUAUUUUACAAAAAUGGAUGCUGAAAUCCGUGGAUGCUGAAAUCCUGCUGAAAAUGAAACUGAAAUAGUAAUAAUCCUGCUAUACUAAGCACACACUGCUACAUUUUAGGUGCACUUAAAUAUAAUGAUAUUAUAAAGACAAGCUUUAAUCAUAUACU